GUGUGUGUGUGUGUGUGUGUGCUGUAUUCUUAUCAUUACAUAUCAGCUGGCAGGAUUGUUUGGCAAGUGACAAACAAUGUGGGUGUCUUGUUGUACACUCUGUGAGAGGGCUAUGGAGUAAUGAUUGAUCACAAGGCAAGGGUGUCAUACAAGCCUCCAAGCUAGUGUUUCCACAGUAACAGAACAACUAAAGCUCAGUUCAUGAAUGAAAACUUAAUUUUGGUUAAUACAGUAGGAAUAUUGUUGGUAAGCACAUACACAUACACCAAAAAGAUGUCAGGCAUAACAUAUACAUUGCGCACACUACAAACAUUAGUGACAAAUAGAUUUUUACUCCUUUUUCUGAAGGCAUACCAGAAGGAAUUUCCGGACAUUCCCAUCGGAUAUUCCGGACAUGAGCAGGGACUCUACAUUACUUUGGCUGCUGUGGCGAUGGGAGCAAAGGUCGUGGAACGUCAUGUGACCUUGGACAAGACCUGGAAGGGAAACGACCAUGAAGCAUCCCUGGAGCCCUCAGAGCUGGCAGAGCUGGUCCGAACCAUCCGACUGGUGGAGACUGCGAUGGGAUCACCUGCCAAGCAGAUGUUACCCUGCGAGAAGAACAGCCAUGAUAAGUUGGGAAAAUCGGUGGUGGCUAAGGGGGCCAUCCCCAAAGGCACGGUGCUGAGCCUGCACAUGUUUGCAGUGAAGGUGGGCGAACCAAAGGGCUUCCCUCCAGAGGAUAUGAUGAAGCUGGUGGGCAAGAAGAUCAAAGUGGAUGUGGAGGAUGACGACAGCAUCUUGGUGGACAUGAUAGAAUAAAGGAUCCUCCGCAAAGGUUGGGAGAGAGAGGCAGAGAGACAGACAGUUAGAGAGUGAGAGAGAAGGAAAGAGAGCAAAAGAGAAAGCAAAAAAGAAGUAGACAGGUAGAAGAGUGACGGACAGUGUUGCAGUGUGAACAGAAAGAGGAAGAGAAGGAAUUAAAGCGAGAAACAGAGGAUUAAGUCUUUGUGUCUUAAGAGAAAGUGACAGACAAGAGAUUUGAUAAAGAAGAAUUGCAGUUAGAGAAAGUCAAAUUUCAUUAAAGAUGAACAGGUCUGAAUAGGUCUUAAAAUGACUCCACUAUGAACCAAAAAGAUUGUGUUGGUGUAAAAUCACAACAGUCGGUAUUCACAACCAACUGUGUUUGCACCCUGCACUGUUUUGCUUUAUGUAUGAUAAAGUCCAAACUGAGAAAUGCACCAUGGCUGGCUUGUCCUUACUCAAUGCCAAUAUUUAUCAUAUGUGGUAUGAACAUCAUCUCUAUUCGGAAUGAUCUGUCCCUGCCUAAUUCUCCCAGCAUUCAAUCAUGUUACAAUUAUGAGGCGUGGUUAAAUGUAAUACCUAUAUCCCAAAUGCUAUCAGUAAAUUUGCCUCUCUAUUCCAUAGUGUUUAUCCUGGUGGUAAGUGUGGUGUAGGCUACUAUGCUCUGUGCGCAUGUGGGGGGGUGGUUACAGUUAUGUGAUUGCUGAAACUGAAAUGUGUCCCAAGUAUGAUUUAUCCUAUUGGAUCAGACUAUUGUAAAAUGUAAUUCUGUUUGUUUUUUGCUUUUGUAAUUCUUCUGUUUUGUCUCAGAGAUUUAACUAUUUUGUCUUUUUAUUCCUUUUGUUGGUGGGGGGUGCUGUUUCACUUCUGAAGUGGUUAUUGCUGUCUUUUUGACUUGUGUUCACUUUGUUGCUGUUUGCUGUUGUUGAUCCUGUUAAUUAGGCUAUGUACACUGUAUUUGCUGCUUUCAAAUAAUUUCAGCAUUACAUUUGCAUUACAUUUUGAAAGCACCACAUGUGGCCCCUAAAUAGUAAUCAAUGUUUCUGAAAUAUUAAUCUUGCAAAUAAAAAGGAUGUCACAAAUGGCA